CAAAAAUCCAACGCUCGGAUCUUCUUCUUUUCCUACAAAUAAAUCCUCCUUCCAUCCUUAAAUCCCCCCAAAAUCAAACCUUUAAUCACUCCCAAAUCCCAAUUCCCCUAAAUUCAAUCCCAACAUUCAUUAAUGGCUUCUUCAAUUAGGCCCGCAACUCGCUACAACAACUCCAACACCAACAGCCUGAACAGCUCAGUAAAAUCCGACCCUUCCUCCUCCGCCGAAUUCUCCUCCCCCUCCACGCGCGGCGGCGCCAACUCACGCGCCGUCGUGGGCAAGAAAACCGAUGCCAACCAUGUUAAUUUCAGCUCGAUGGUCAAGAAACUGGUGGAGACUAAGAAGGUUAACAAAUUGGAUAAGGUCCCGAAGGGAUUUGUGAUUGCGAGUGAUCUUUUAGCGGAGGAUUUGAAGAGAGGCGCGAAGAAGAGCGCGGGAUUGGGAGGACUUCAUAAGAAGCUGUUUAAGGGGGGUUUGGUAAAGAGGGGCGAUGAGGGCUCGAAGAAGGCGCUUACGGAGGUGAGGAGUAAUACGAGGACGCUGGCGAUGGUUCUGAGGAGUGAGAGGGAGCUCUUGAGUUUGAAUAAGGAGCAGGAGGAGCUGAUUGCUGAGCUCAAUUUUUUGCUGGAGGAGAGAAACACUGAGGUUGAAAAACUAAAAGAUUUGUGCUUGAACCAAAGGGAAGAGAUAAAGUCUCUUAAAAGUGCUGUUCUAUUCCCAGAGGCCAUGAAUUCGCAAGUUCAUGACUUUUUGGAGAAGCAGGGAUUGGAGCUGAAACAGGCUAAGCAACUCAUACCAAAUCUUCAAAAGCAAGUUACUUCUCUCACCGAAAAGCUGCAAUCUCUUGCUCAAGAUCUCGCGGAGGUUAAGGCAGACAAAUAUUCUGGAAGAGGGUUCUGUGAUGACGAUUUCAAUUCCCCAAGGACACCAUCGUAUGAUCAAGAACACGCCUCAAAUUUUCCGUUCGAAUAUAGCUCCGGGGAUUACACGACCCCGGGGAGUCCAGAUGACAUGUUCCUGAACGAUUUGAAUCCGUGCCUCACACCUUAUUCCAAGACAAAGUCCAAGGAAUUUGAUCUUUAUGGUUCCCCUGCUGAUGGUGGACCAUCUCCGGACACAUAUGGGACAAAGGUGUCGAAAAGUUCCGAGUGUUCCCAGUCAUCCAAAGCAAGCAAGGGUUUCGUCGGGAGGCCUGGUAGCUGCUCCGGGGGCACCAGACGCACAAAUGGAAACCAAAUGCAUCACAGCAGACUAUUCUGAUUCUUCAACUAGUUGAGAAUCGAGAUCACCUCUUAUACAACUCAAUCGAGAUCACCUCUUAUACCAACUCAUCUGCUGUCACAAGUUCUUGAAACAUCUAUGCUGGGACAUUUGUGUGUGAUGAUCUUAGGAAAAAUAUGAUAUAUCCGCCAUCAUGUAUCGAUCACUUUGUCCAUAUUCAAGUCUUCUUAAUCUGAGGCAUGAAUAAGUCCAGUUUUGGUAUAGCUUUUUUGAGGUUUUGCAAGUCAAGCUCAGCUUCCAUUGUUGUCAGAAAAUAGGUUUCCUACAUGAGAAAAUAGCUUCAAAGCCAAUGGCAUAUUACAUUAUGCU